AUGAAAGGAUCACGAAUAGAGGGUAUGGAGAAGGAUAAAAAGGAUAGGAGGGAGGAGGAUAAGGAGGGGGUUAAGGGAGAUAAAGGGGAGGAGGAUAAGGAGGGGAGAGAAGGGCGACGAGGAACGGAGCAGGUAUGGCUAGGAAGGGACAGGAAAGCAGACGCGGAUUUACCGUUUUCAAACCUUGAGUUGCUGCUACCGUCAGCAAGAGCAGCUGGUAUUUACUUUGUGCGCCGACCAGAGGGGGCGGAAGAGGGGGAGGACGAGGGGGGAGAAGCGGGUGAGGACGCGGAGGGUGAAGCGGGGGAGGACGAGGGGGGAGAAGCGGGGGAGGACGCGGGGGGGGAAGCGGGGGAGGACGAGGGGGGGAAAGCGGGGGAGGACGCGGGGGGAGAAGCGGGGGAGGACGCGGAACAGCACGAAGAGGAGGAUAGGGAAAGGAAAGAGGAGAGGGAGGAUGAUGAGGCGUGGUCGCAGUUGCGGCAUGAGGCAGUUGCUCUAAGCGAUCACACCUUUCAACAGCAUAAACGCCACAAGGGAAGCUGGUCAUUCUCCUCACCUCACUCACACCGUCCUAUAUCCCAUUCUCCCCGGCGUCGGCUCAUCAUGAGCUGGCAGAAGGAUGACGUGUUGUCUGAGGGUGACGUGGCACCCCCCUCGCGGCGGCGCCAGCUCAUCAUGAGCUGGCUGAAGGACGCAUGGGUGCGCAGCGUGGCGUUCCGCCUGAACGGCGACCCCCGGGAGGACCGAUUUCUGGUGGGCAGCCAGGAGGACCAGGGCUACCAGUGGCAGUGGACGGACGGCACUGUGGGGAGCAGCUGGAGAAGCCCCUUCGUGCACAACCUGUCACUUGACAUGGAUUCAGGAGGACCAGGGCUACCAGUGGCAGUGGACGGACGGCACUGUGGGGAGCAGCUGGAGAAGCCCCUUCGUGCGAAACCUUUCUUUGGAUAUGGAUACCUCCAGGACGGCCGCUUCCUGGUGGGCAGCCAGGCGGACCAGGGCUACCAGUGGCAGUGGACGGAUGGGGUGGUUGGCAGCAGCUGGCGGAGCCCCUUUGUGCGCAACCUGUCAACGGAUAUGGAUGCUCUAGCCUCGUGUGCCAAGGUCCUUCCCCCCGAAGUGUUUGACCAGCCCACGGGAGUGCUCACCCCCACGCCAGCUCUAGCCUCGUGUGCCAAGGUCCUUCCCCCCGAAGUGUUUGACGAGCCCACGGGAGUGCUCACCCCCACACCAGUCACGGGCGAGCACCUCGCAACGCUCUCCUCGCCGCUCUUCGACCCACAGCCCCUCCCCGCAUAUGCUAACGAGGGGUUAGGAGGAGACGAGGAGGGAGAGGUUGAGGAAAGAAGCUCGGUAGGGAGAGAAGAAGGGAGAUGGGGUGGUGGUGGAGGGGCUAGGCGCAGGCUGGUGGGGAGGAAGGUGGGGUUGGAGGAGGUCGGAACACCCCAUUCGGGUCUUCCAGGUGGUCUUGAAGGGAAGGAGAAAGGCAAGACAGGAGGAGGGAUGCUUGCUGAGCAAGAGCGUGGGAACAGCGAGGCAGCAGCUGAAGGGGGGGAUGAGGAGAAGGCACCGCAUACGUCAGCACCGAGCACAGUACGGCAGCUUGAGGAGUACGGUGCUGAGGGCAGCUUUCCAGAGCAGGGAGGCGGGGAUGCAGGCUCUUCUGCUGGUAGCGAUUCAGCUUAUAGUGAAGAUGGUGGGGUGAGCGAGAAGGUGGGCGGAGCGAGAGUGAAGAAAGGCACGGGACUGCGGCUGCAGUUUGAUGUGGCCAUUCAGAUCCGCACCGCCACCAACUUGGUGGAGCACCCCUCCUGCUACGAGGCGGACAGCGACUGUCAGCACGAGCUUUACGAGCUCCCACAGAUGACUUUUGAGUCGACUCAAAAGUCACAAGCUUUACGAGCUUCCACACCCUUCCUAACCCAUCCCCCCCAUCUUCCAUCCAUCCCCCCCUCCUCCCCCCACACAUGCAGCAGCAGCUGA